AGAAGUUUUUUUUCACAAAUCAAAAAUUUUACUAUUUUAGUAAUAAAGCUUCAAAAACUACCUUUACUCUGUAAAGUUAAUUUACUAGAAUCUACUUAUCGUUUGAUCUACCGUAUAAAAAUAUCUGUGUUCAGUGUAGGGCUACUAGAAUUAAAGAUAUUCAAUGAUAGAAAAUAGUAUUUGGUAGGAUGUAGUUCUUCUAUAUUAGUGUACAUAGUAUAUAUUUUAUUAGGUAAUGCUAAAUGAUUUUCCUUUAUUUUUCUUAACCAAUUAUAUCGUUUGUAUGAACUACUAACUCGUCAUAAUUUACCUCAUAAUGGAACAAAAAUUGCAUAGGAAAAGGUUAAAGUAUACAUCAAUACUGAAGAAAGACAUGAAUAUUGAAGCUAGCUCUAGUCCUACUAUGAAUUUAAUGGUGUGCAAUUAUGGUUUGGUGAACGGUUUAAGUAGAAAGGAUGUAUUACAAGUUUUUUCACAAUAUGGUCAAAUAGAGCGCAUAAUAAUGUUACCUCAUAAAUCAUAUUGUUUUAUUUGCUACACCAAUGUACAGGAUGCAAUAAAUGCAUUAGACAAAGUGAAUUGGAAAGUAAAUAGUCUUCCUGAACAAAAACUGUUUUAUUUGAUUUAUACUGUCUCAGUCCCAAAAUUAAUAGAAGUGUCAACUUCAUAUCCUCCUGGAUUAGAAAUCAUUGACAAUUUCAUUACAGAAAAAGAAGAAAAUUUUAUGUUACAAUAUUUUAAAAAACAUUGGUCUGAAUCAAGUGCAAUGAAGCAUCGUCAAGUUAAACAUUAUGGAUAUGAAUUUGAUUAUGACAAUAAUGGAGUACGAUAUGAUUCAUGCGAUCCAAUUCCUAAAGAAUUUGAAUUUAUUUUAAAUGCUAUUUAUUUGCAUUUAAAAUGGCACCCCAAUCAAAUAACUGUUAAUAAAUAUUUACCCGGACAAGGAAUACCAAGUCACGUGGAUACUCAUGGAGUAUUUGACGAAUAUAUCUUGUCUCUAUCAUUGAAUUCUGAUAUUAUCAUGGAGUUCAGAAAAGGAAACUAUCAUAAUAGUAUUUUGCUCAAGUCAAAAUCUCUUUUAAUUAUGUCUGGUGAAUCAAGGUUCGAUUGGACUCAUGGCAUAACACCCAGAAAAUUUGAUAUGAUUAACACAGUAGAUGGUCCUGAUAUUAUUUGUCGUGGAACUAGAAUUUCUGUAACAUUUAGGAGAGUAGUUCAGAAUCAUGAAAACAUUGAGGUUCAAAGAAAUUUAUAUGAAAUUUUAGGUUGUGAUAAAACCACACCUUUUGAAAUAUUAAAGGAUAGUUAUAGAAAAUUACUUGUUAAGCUUCAUCCAGAUAAAGGUAUUUUGUCAUCAUCAACAGCUGCUUGUGCUGAGUUGAAUAAAGCUUGGAGUGUUCUUAAAGAUUCUGAAUUAAAAAAAACAUAUGAUGAGCAAAUUGAACAAUGUGAUAUUGAUACAGAAGUAACCAUCUUUGAAACUCUCAAUAUUAGUGAUUUAGAAAAUAACGAAGAGGAACAAACAUAUUCCUACAGAUGCCGGUGUGGAGGCAUGUUUCUAGUACCAAUGUCAAUGGUUGUUAAUGUUGAUCAGAUUGAACCUUUAUUAUUUCCUUGUGAUGAUUGUUCUUUAUUUGUUAAGAUUAUGUUACAGAACACUAAUGUUUCUUAAUAAAAAAAAGUAUAAUAAAUUAAUUGAGAUACA